AUGUCUCUCUUCUUCCUUUACUCCCUCACUCUCUCUCUCUACUCCCUCUCUCUCCUUCCCCACUCCUCCGCCGCCGUCCCCCUCAUCGGCGCCACCUACUCCCUCCCCUCCUCCGCCACCCCGUCCGACCUCUCCGCCUCCGUCUCCUCCCUCGGCCUCGACUCCGUCCUCCUCGACUCCCCCGACCCCUCCGCCGUCCGCGCCUUCCUCUUCUCCAACACCUCCCUCCUCCUCUCCCUCAACAACUCCCUCGCCCCCUCCCUCGCCGCCAACCGCUCCGCCGCUGCCUCCUGGCUCUCCUCCUCCGUCGUCCCCUUCUUCCCCCGCGCCAAGAUCUCCGCCAUCUCCGUCGGCUCCGACCUCCUCUCCUCCUCCCCCGACCUAUCCCCCUUCCUCCUCCCAGCCAUGCGGAAUCUCCACCUCGCCCUAACCGACCUCGGAAUCCGCAAAAUCCAGGUCUCCACCACCUUCUCCUUCCUCAACACCCUCACCUCCUUCUUCCCUCCCUCCUCCGCUCAAUUCCUCGAGCCGGCUUCCUCCAACGUCAUUGCCCCCCUGCUUCAGUUCUUGCGCGACACGAAUUCCUCGUUCCUGAUCGAUCUGUAUCCGUACAAUGUGUACAGAACGAGAAGCGAGAUUCCGCUCGGGUACGCUCUGUUUCAGGAGCAGAGGUUCAAUUUCAGGGACGAUCUGGUCACCGGCGUCAGGUACCGGAACCUCUUCGACAUGAUGGUCGACGCUGUGAUCUGCGCGAUGGUGGCGUCGGGGUACGAUAACAUUCCCGUGGUCGUGGCGGAGACGGGGUGGCCGAGCGCAAGCGGCGACCCGACCGAGGCCGACGCCAACCCGGCCUACGCCGAGCUGUACCUCAGGGGGCUGGUGAGGCAUCUCCGGUCGGGGAUCGGGACUCCGCUGCGGAAGGAGGGCGUGGCGGAGGCUUACAUUUACGAGCUCUUUGACAGGGAGGAGAAGCAGGGAAGGGCUAACCAGAGUCGGAGCUGGGGAAUUCUGUACCCGAAUAUGACUAGCAAGUACGCCAUUGAUUUCUCUGGUUCGUUUAGGGAUCUGGAGGGGGGAGAUUUAGUAGUGAAGCUAGUUUGGUUGGUGGUGUUGAUCUUUGGUGUACUGGAUAAUGGUUUCAGUUUUGGUUGUUUUGUUUUGUAG